GACAAUUAUUACGGAUUGCUGCACGAUAGCUCCCACGGACUUUUCGAGUCAAUUCAACGCUCCCAGAGCUAUACAACGCAUCAUCAGUCAUUAUGGCAGCCGCCAUCUCCACCUCGUCGGAUGUCGCGAAGCCGUUCGACAUCGUCGCGACGUACAAUGACCUGCUCCGCUCUGAUCCCGACCUGACCAUGCCCAUUGCCGCUAUCGAAGCCUUGGUGCUCCUCCUCACACACUCCCCCUCCUCGACGAUAUCAGAGACGCUCGAUCUGCUGGAAAAGUCCACCGCACACUUGAAACAGUCCAUCCCGAACCCCAUUGGCCUUUCUGCUGGAACCGAUCUCUUCCAGCGAUACUUGAUCACUACGCUACAGAGACCCGGUCAGCUUGGACCCGCCGGAGACUUCAACGCCAUCCGGGCGCACUUGCUCUCCAACGGUCGGUUGUUCAUCAGACGUGCGAAGGAAAGUCGAGACAAGAUCGCGGCGUUCGGAAGAGGCUUCGUCCGGGACGGAAGCACAGUCCUCACCAACGGCGGCUCCAGAGUCGUCGCCUCACUGCUACAGCAGGCCGCCGGUGAGAAGGGCGGCCCGUCCGCGGUCCGGUUUCGCGUGAUCUACGUCCUGUCUCCGGCGAAGGGCGAUGUCGAGGGCUCGUCUGCAGAGCCAGAGGGUAUGGAGAUGGUGCGCGCGCUGCGCGAGAAGGGCGUCCCGGUCGCUACGAUCCCCGAAUCUGCCGUCGCCUAUUCGCUCGGCAAGGCUGACGUGGUGAUUGUCGGUGCGGAGGGUGUGGUGGAGAACGGCGGCAUCGUGUCGAGAAUGGGUACAUAUCAGAUUGGUCUGCUGGCCAAGGCCAUGAGCAAGCCUUUCUACGUCGUGGCGGAGAGCCACAAGUUCGUCCGUCUCUACCCGCUCGGACAGUAUGACCUGCCCAUCGAGCAGCGCGUGAUCGAUUUCAAGACGGAGGAGGACGUCGCCGAUGAAGCCAAGCAGCAGCAGCAGCAGCAGCAGCAACAAACACAGUCGACACCCGGCGUCAAGUCGCCGGAUAGUCAUGAUGUGGUUGACUAUACACCGCCCCAUCUGAUAUCCGCGUUGAUUACGGACAGCGGCGUCUUGACGCCGAGUGCGGUCAGUGAGGAGUUGAUUAAGAUCUGGUUCUAGUUUAUGCUUCUCUCUACCCGUGCCCUGUAAAGGGAAAGGAUUGGGAGUUGCAGCUUGUGGUAUCAGUUGAAUGAAGCGGAUUUGGCGUUCAAAGGUCAUGAUAUAUCCCACCGCUCAAGGCGUUUGUCGGCUUGGAAAGAUGGUGUGCCUUGUUGUUUCUACUAAGACAAAAGUACAAUAG